CAAGGAGAUAUAGGGUUACCACAAACUCGCUUAAUACUCGCACCGAUCUAUCGUAGGUCAUGAGACGUAUAUCCUUCCCUGGGGUUAUAAAAGCGCGUAGUGCGAGCGAAAAUCUCAUUUGUAUAAAAGAUGUUUGACGUACUGCGGCAACUCUCUUGGCGCCUUGCGAUAAUUCUGUGCUUUAUAUCCUCGCAGCCUGUGGCAGGAGCGAAACCACCGGGAACCGUGUUUGAGCACAAUGACAACGUCUACAAAAUCGUCUUACAGAGGCACGACAAACGUUCCUGGUUUGAGGCCGAAGAAAUCUGCAUCGAGGAAGAAAACGGGCAUCUUAUCUCAUUUGAUAAUAAAAACGAGGUGCAAUGGAUGAACAAACUUCUUACGAACCUCACCAAGGAAAUGGCUCCCAUUGGUCGGUUCUGGAUUGGCGCGAAUGAUAGGAAUAUUAGAGGAGUAUAUCAGUUUAUCGGUAGUGCUCCGUUUCAAAAUCGUCUGGCGCCGUGGGCCGAGGGUGAGCCGAAUAGACCCCGAACACCUCACGAGUAUUGUGUUGCUAUGGAACACGCGCCCCGACAGUCUACAUGGAGUGAUAAUGAUUGCUUUAAUAGUUAUGGAUACAUCUGCAAGUCUAAAGAUACUCCAAAUAAACUGAGGGACCUUAAAAGAUUUGGAUUUAAAUGGGAAUGGAACUUUCAUAUUUACAAGUUCGUGCCUCUUCCAUACGACACCAUGACAUGGUCCGAGGCUGAGCUGUACUGCAAGGAAGCCGAGUUCGGACACUUGCUCUCGAUAGUGGAUCCAGAAGAAAGCGAAUUCAUCACAGAGAGGAUCAAGCAAAUUCGCCAGGUUAUUGGAUUAAGGGGAUUCUGGAUCGGGGCUACGGAUAUGUUCCAGGUUGGGCGGUUUAGAUGGAUGGAUAAAAAACCUAUGAAGUACACAAAAUGGCUGAGUGGUGAGCCUACAAGCUACUCCGCCAAGCCAAAGAGAGAGAGGGAAGCCUGUGUUACGAUUCAUACGAACCCCCACUGGGGGACUUGGUCCGAUGAGAACUGUAUCCUGAAGAAGCCAUUCAUCUGUAAAGCGAAAAUGUGUUCCGGUAAGCUAGACUUGGUAUUCAUAGUAGAUGCGUCGGGAAGUGUUCGCGAGGAAGGCUUCCUCCAAGCCAAGCAGUUUAUGUGGAGGGUCAUCCGUGGGUUCAACGUCACUAACAAUAGCACUCGGGUCGGCCUGAUCCGGUACUCAGACUUCGCUGACGUUAUCUUCUCACUAAACACCUACCGCUCACCAAAAGCUAUCAAGAACGCAAUAUUCAAGAUGGUGUUCGUCCAAGGGCACACCAAGACUGAGCAGGCGCUGGACCUUGCGCGAACGAAAGUCUUCACCGAGAAAGGAGGUUCACGGGAACUCGUACCGAAAGUAGCGAUCCUGAUGACUGAUGGGAAAUCCAAGCGACCAAAGUGGGUAGCCACCGCUGCGGAGAAACUGCGGGCGAUCAAUGUAAACAUGGUAGCGUUCGGUAUCGGCAGGGGGAUAGACAUGAAGGAAUUGACCUCAAUGGCCUCUUCACCAGAUGACGUACUGACGGUCGCUUCCUACGGAGAAUUACGGACAAAGAUAUAUGAUCUAAGGGAGAGGAUAUGUGACCAAAUAAUCGCGGAAGAGAAACGGAAACUGAAGGAACUUGAGGAACGGUACCGAAAAGAAGAUGAACAAGCGAGACAACGUCGUGGAUGAUGUGUGCUUUGAAGAGUGAUACUGAGUGAUACGAUGGCGAUGGCGAUGGCGAUGGCGAUGGCGAUGGCGAUGGCGAUGGCGAUGGCGAUGGCGAUGGCGAUGGCGAUGGCGAUGGCGAUGGCGAUGGCGAUGGCGAUGGCGAUGGCGAUG